AAGGAAAGCAGAAAGACCUGUGUAUAACCUAACUCUGUCUUGAUCUGAACACAAUGUUAAGGAUUCUGUGUGGAGUUGCUCUGUUAAUCGCUACAGUUUCGGCCUUUCCGAAUCUUCAAGAAAGAGCGGAGAGUUGUACCACUGCCGACGAUUGUGCCAACGACACGUGCCAUGGCCAUGACAACGGAGGAAACAUAGUCUGCGCCAUUCACCACGGAGAUACUGGUGUCUGCCACUGUGAACAUCACCACCACCACACACCACAUCCACACCCUGCAAUCCGAGCAGAGACUUGUACCACUGCCGCCGAUUGUGCCAACGACACGUGCCAUGGCCAUGACAACGGAGGAAACAUAGUCUGCGCCAUUCACCACGGAGAUACUGGUGUCUGCCACUGUGAACAUCACCACCACCACACACCACAUCCACACCCUGCAAUCCGAGCAGAGACUUGUACCACUGCCGCCGAUUGUGCCAACGACACGUGCCAUGGCCAUGACAACGGAGGAAACAUAGUCUGCGCCAUUCACCACGGAGAUACUGGUGUCUGUCACUGUGAACAUCACCACCACCACACACCACAUCCACACCCUGCAAUCCGAGCGGAGACUUGUACCACUGCCGCCGAUUGUGCCAACGACACGUGCCAUGGCCAUGACAACGGAGGAAACAUAGUCUGCGCCAUUCACCACGGAGAUACUGGUGUCUGUCACUGUGAACAUCACCACCACCACACACCACAUCCACACCCUGCAAUCCGAGCAGAGACUUGUACCACUGCCGACGAUUGUGCCAACGACACGUGCCAUGGCCAUGACAACGGAGGAAACAUAGUCUGCGCCAUUCACCACGGAGAUACUGGUGUCUGUCACUGUGAACAUCACCACCACCACACACCACAUCCACACCCUGCAAUCCGAGCGGAGACUUGUACCACUGCCGCCGAUUGUGCCAACGACACGUGCCAUGGCCAUGACAACGGAGGAAACAUAGUCUGCGCCAUUCACCACGGAGAUACUGGUGUCUGUCACUGUGAACAUCACCACCACACACCACAUCCACACCCUGCAAUCCGAGCAGAGACUUGUACCACUGCCGCCGAUUGUGCCAACGACACGUGCCAUGGCCAUGACAACGGAGGAAACAUAGUCUGCGCCAUUCACCACGGAGAUACUGGUGUCUGCCACUGUGAACAUCACCACCACCACACACCACAUCCACACCCUGCAAUCCGAGCAGAGACUUGUACCACUGCCGCCGAUUGUGCCAACGACACGUGCCAUGGCCAUGACAACGGAGGAAACAUAGUCUGCGCCAUUCACCACGGAGAUACUGGUGUCUGUCACUGUGAACAUCACCACCACCACACACCACAUCCACACCCUGCAAUCCGAGCGGAGACUUGUACCACUGCCGACGAUUGUGCCAACGACACGUGCCAUGGCCAUGACAACGGAGGACACAUAGUCUGUGCCAUUCACCACGGAGAUACUGGUGUCUGUCACUGUGAACAUCACCACCACCACACACCACAUCCACACCCUGCAAUCCGAGCGGAGAGUUGUACCACUGCCGCCGAUUGUGCCAACGACACGUGCCAUGGCCAUGACAACGGAGGAAACAUAGUCUGCGCCAUUCACCACGGAGAUACUGGUGUCUGUCACUGUGAACAUCACCACCAUCACACGCCACAUCCACACCCUGCAAUCCGAGCGGAGACUUGUACCACUGCCGCCGAUUGUGCCAACGACACGUGCCAUGGCCAUGACAACGGAGGAAACAUAGUCUGCGCCAUUCACCACGGAGAUACUGGUGUCUGUCACUGUGAACAUCACCACCACCACACACCACAUCCACACCCUGUUUUGAGAAAUGAGAAAUGUUUCAAUGAUACAGACUGUCCUCCUAGCACCUGUCAUGGACAGGAUGGAGUGGUGACAUGUGACAUCCAUCACGUGGGUCAUGAGGGUAUAUGUCAUUGCACUCAUACUGAACAUAUGAGGAAAGACGAGCUGAACGACUUUUAAUGAAUAUGUACAUGUAUAUAUAGGCCUACAUCUCAUUUAUUUCUGAUCUAAUGUAAAUGAUGAAAACAAAUGAUUAUGUUUUUAUUUUUAUAAUACGUGGGUAUUUUUUAUUUACUUAAAUAAAUAUUGUAUAUUUGUAAACUA